AUGGAGGUUCCUCAUUCAACUUUCACAUUGGCCAAACCGGAUCGGCGCGGUCGAACAUUCCCACAAGCUAUUGCACAUCGAGGGUACAAAGCUGCGAAUCCAGAAAAUACAAUGGGCGCAUUCAGAGGUGCUGUUGAAAUAGGCGCGCAUGCGAUAGAAACCGAUUUACACAUCACAAAGGACGGGGUCUUGGUUAUUUCACAUGAUCCAAGCCUUAAGAGAUGCUUUGGAAAAGACGCCAAGAUCAUCGAUUGCGACUGGUCGUAUAUAUCUACCCUUCGCACUGUUCAGGCUCCUCAUGAACCUAUGCCUCGCCUCACCGAUCUCUUAGAAUACCUCACUAAACCUGGGUUAGAAGAUAUAUGGAUAUUGUUAGAUAUCAAGCUGGAUAAUGAUGCAGACCAAUUAAUGAGUUUAAUCGCUUCAUCGAUUAGAGAGGUGAAGCCAACAAGACCUUGGAAUCAGAGAGUUCUAUUAGGCUGCUGGGCAGCCAAGUAUAUUCCUCUGUGCGCCAAAUACCUUCCCGAUUUUCCCAUAACGCAUAUUGGAUUUUCAAUAGGGUAUGCGAGAGAGUUUUUGUCCAUACCCAAUAUUUUAUUCGGACCUGGCGGUUCUAAAUUUAUGGCCGAUGCCAAAGCUGCAAAACGAUCCAUGUUUGCAUGGACUGUUAAUGAAGAGCAAUGGAUGAGAUGGUGUAUCAAAAAUAAUAUAGAUGGGGUUAUCUCUGAUGACCCCAAGAAGUAUCUGGAAGUCUGUGAGAAAUACGACUCUACAGAUUCGAAAGAGCCUGGCUUCGGGCUCAAAGAUUGGGCCUUGAUUAUAUGGUUUAAUUUAUUGGCCGUGCUAUUUUCAUGGCUAUUCAGGUACAGAUAUGGCUUUAAAAUAGAUAAGAAAAAGGUUAAAGAAGGUUAUGAGACAUCGAAGCGCAAUGCGGCAUUGUCUUCUGAAGAAAUCGAGGAAAUCUGUCAAAUGAUGAUGUGUAAUCACAAACAAAACUAUACUUACCGCUGCCCCUUGUACCUUAGUGUCCCGCGACAAAAGUGCGUUAAAACCCCUCCAACUAUCGCUCAUUACUUUGUGAGCUGCCGCAAGUGCCGAGGCCAGAAUAGUGACAACUUUGUGGUACACUGGGUGGAGAGGAAAAACGAGUCUACUAGUAGUACUGUUGGCGGGAAGGAAGGGAACUGGAGAAAGGGUGAGGAGAACAACUAUAUGCUGGCCAUAGGGACGUUUGAAAUUGUGGCAAAUGGAGAUGAAACUGGUAGGGUGAAGGGUGCUAGGGUAUAUGAGAAUGGAACUGAAGAAGCACGACGCGAGAAGAAAGGGCUGAAGAAUGUUUCUCUAGCUCUUUCUGGAACAAACAAGGCAAGCUUCGACGCUGGACCAUCGCACGAUAUAUACGAUCAGACAAAUGAAAGCACGCAAGAGAUCAAGCUUGACGGACUGAGAACACAAAGUCUUCCAAUAAAAGGCAAAUCCAAAAAACCAAAUGUAUUUGGCAGUCUACGGAAAAUGAUCGUUCGACCGAAGAGUGAGCAGGACACCGCGGCAACAGGUGAGCAUGUAUCGCCCACACAGGGUAAUGUCAAAUCAAAACUCGGUAGGUUCAAUACGAUUACUGGUGGUUUUCGAGGAGGCAAACAGAGCGAAGACAUGGAAGAAAGUUCUCUGUCUGCAUCGGCAGCCGAUCGGAGGGUUGAUGAUGCUACGAGGUAUGAGUAUCUUACGCCUAAAGAAUUUCUCGACCUUCAUUUUCAAGGUGUAGUUGCGUGCAGUGGUGCAGAUGUUGCGAUAUCAAAUGCGAUUUCAGCACCCAUCGAUAUACCUCAAAAACGUCAAGGUGAUGUAUCACAGAAAUGGACUGCCGAGAGGCAUGCCGGAGAAUACAUGAGCGAAAUCGGUCAAAAUCCCUUUGCGGACAAUUCAGAAGUUGUCAACUCCUUUAUUAGAGAUUCUACAAUCUCCGACGUCGAAAAUAGCCACCAGGAAGGGACGUCAGAGCGAUGGAGUCAUGAUACUCACUCAAGUGGACAAGGAAGAAUGAGCCGGGAAACCGAGUUCUCUCAGGCUGAUGAGGAACGAAUGGAGAUCAUUACCGAGGCAAUCGAUGGGGACACAAUUAAUCUAACACCGGAUAACAUCGAUAAUGUACUUGCAGUUUGGAAAGGAGGAUUUGGAACUUCAACGCCUUCGUCGCCUAUCCACAUACCUCUUCGGCCCCAUGCUUUAAGUCAUUCGGUACACUCUCGUAGUAUCGAAGCGUUGCCGAUUCCUAUACCUUUUCGAUCUCAAGGUUCAGGUUUAGAUACCGUGGGUCAUAGUGCGAGCUUACCAAAUACUCAUGGAGACGAGAAGAGAAUCGGCAAAUCUCCAUGGACGCAGGAAAAUAAUUUCGAGAAAGUAUCUUCCGCGCCUUUUGGAACUUCUCAGCAUGCCGUGGACUUUGUUGAGCCGCCCAGGUGUUUUGAUAUACCGCAGAAAAAGAACACGACGAAAGAACAUCUUCGGGAAUUUGCUUUACCUACGAGGAGCAAUACGGGAGAUGCACCACAUGCUCGAUACCCCCCGGACAUAUUAGAGGAAUUUCCUCCUCAGUUUUUUGCUUUACCCAAAAGGAGUAAUACAGGAGAUGUACCAUAUUGUCGACAACUCUUGGACAAGACGAAUGAACUUCCUCACGGUUUUUCUUUUCCUGAAAGGAAUAACACAGAGAAUGUUCCACAUUCUCGACAUCCUCUGGCUAAUGAAAUCGCCCGGAGCAACACUCUUGACAGUAUUCCUCAGGAUCCAGCAAGAGACCAACCUUUGUUACCAGAUACACAAGCGCCUGCGCAGGAAACCAUCGCUGGCACUAGAUACUCUUCUCUACCUUCAUCUCCUACGGUUAUAUCCCCACCUCGGAAAGGCAAACAAAGCGAGCAAGGUCACCAAUCACCUCGACUCUGGAAUAGGAAAGGUACAGCCAUAUCAAAACCCGAAUCUCGUACAGAUCCACUGGUACCAGAGAGAAAAAUUGAUAGAUUGUCUACCGUGACAACUAUUUCGCAAUUUAUACCUUCGCGAAACGACGGGAUUCAUGAAGAAAUUACGAGGAAUGUUGUUUCUCCUUCUAAGACGUUCAUCAAAGCGCCUCGACGAAGAAUGGGUAGUUCAAAUGUGCAGCGUCCGAUUCAGCAUCAUACGAUGUCUAUUCCGGACGUCCCUGCAAUUCCAAAAACAUACGCAAAACACGUAGCUGUUCUUCCCAAGAUUGGUAGAGAUGCAAGUGGCAGAUUUUCCAUAGAGCAUAUCAAAGAAGGCGAGCCAGCGAGCAUGGGUAAGGAGGAACCAGGAGAAGUAUCGAGGGAAGAGAUAGUAGAAGAUUCGAUAGAUAUAAAUGCGAAUCAUACGAUAGGUACUUGGGAUGCUGUGUUAAGGAAUGGUCCAGGUGAUGUGAGUCCUCUUAGUUCGUGUGAGGAUUUGAAUAGGAUUGUGAGUCCGGUUAGUCCUGUUGAGGGAAGUUUGGGCGGAAAAACUUGGGAUGGGGAGGGAAGGGAUGGAUGUUUGAGUGGGGAGAUGUGUGAAGAGGGUCCGGGUUUGUUGUCGCAGCUUAUACAUCCGUCUACAAUAUCACCCGCACACCAUGUCUCCACAUGUUUUCCCUCUAAACAUCCACCUCUCUCUACAUUCACUCCACCACAAUCUCUUCAGUCUCUUCAUCCAUCUCCAUCUCCUUCUUCACUUCGCCCACCACAACAACACCUCCACUCUCACUUUCAAUCUCCAUUAUCCCUCCAACGCAUUCCCCAGUCAAACCUCUCAAACACAAUGUCUCCCAUUUACCCACUCGACAUCGAUCCCAGUAUCGACCCCAGCAUCCCCCUCAUCCGGCCCCUCCGAAUCAGGAAAAAGAUUCCACCUCCUGCAUCAAGAAAAACGGAAACGGAAAACCAACAAGAGAUUGAGGCGCGGAGGAGACAGAGAGAGCGAAUGGAGGAGGAAUUUAGGAGGGCGGAUGAGAGGUUGAGGGGGUUGAGAGAUGGAAAGGGAGGUUUGUGA